CAUGAUCUGGGAAUGGACAUAGACCGUUCACUGUCUCGCUGUGUGAAGAACUGGACAGGAAAACUCAUUUAAGCUGGAAGGUCCGCAGAAAAUCAAAAUGCCUGCGAAUCAGACUCGAUCCAGGGCAAGGGAGCGAAACAAUGCGCUGAACAGACCCGAGUUUAUGUCUCUAAAUCAGCCUUUGAAGAGCAGCAGCGCUGAAGCUCGCGGCACUGCACGGAGGCCGUCGCAGAGACACCAGCAAAGUCAAAACCAGCCGGGCACAAAUGCGCAGCACGAGUCGCCCGAGAACAAUAAGGAGAAGAAGGAAUUACCAGAAGAAGACUGCAUGCAGCUAAACCCGUCAUUCAAAGGCAUCGCUAUGAACUCUCUUCUGGCCAUUGAUAUCUGCAUGUCUAAACGGCUCGGAGUGUGUGCGCACACCGCGUCGUCGUGGGGAAGCGUGCGCUCUAUGGUCAAGCUGCUCGCGCUCACUGGCCAUGGCAUCCCGUGGAUCUUCGGCACAAUUGUGUGUCUUACUAGAAGCAACACGUUGGCGGGUCAAGAGGUUUUGGUCAAUUUGCUGCUAGCACUCUUACUGGAUGUGAUGACUGUAGCAGGCAUGCAGAAGUUGGUGAAGCGCAAAGGGCCGUGGGAAAUGGCGCCCAGUUUCCUUGACUACCUGGCCAUGGACAUCUAUUCUUUCCCAGCAGCCCAUGCAAGCCGAGCAGCCAUGGUAUCUAAAUUCCUGUUGGCACACUUGGUGCUUGCAGUUCCUCUGCGUAUUUUGCUUGUGUUAUGGGCAGUCCUAGUUAGCAUGUCCCGUGUGUUGCUGGGUCGUCACCAUCUGACAGAUGUCGGAUGUGGCUUUGCCUUGGGAUUCCUUCAUUACAGUUUAGUGGAGAUGGUGUGGCUGUCCUCCAACACUUGUCAGACUCUAAUAUCCAUUGGAACAUUCAACUGGAGCCCCCUCUACUGAUCAGUAUGUCUUUUGAAGGAUUUCAAAAGUCGCCGUGUGUUUUUAUUUUUUGUCAAUUCAUGUCAAUUGCCCUACAUCUAUUCUAAAAAGUGUGUGAUAGAAACAUUUUCUAACACAUUACCUUAAGCAGCACACAUCCAUAAUCUUGAUCUGACCAUUUCUUGUUCCAAUUCUGCCAAAGCAAUAUAACGAGAAGCGCUUUGGAAAAGCGUCAGGUGCACAGUUUUUCACUUUAAAAGAAAGGAUGCUGAUACAAGUAUUUUUUAUUGCUAACAGUGGUGAAGGCCAAAUUAGUUGGUUGAUGGAUUUUACUGAUCACAGUAAGCGAGCGAAACAUUUGCUCAGGGACUUUAUCAAGCAGCAUAAUGAGUCAUUUCAGAUUUCUAUUUUCUUGGAAUUGUAUGUAAUUUUCAUACUAUUAACAAUGCAUUUGAGAAAAUGCUUUAAAUGAAACCACCAUGGAUAAUUUGAGACUUUUUGGACUGUUUAAAUUCAAGUGUACUGAUAUUUCAUGAUACUCUGAAUAAGCAUUCAAACGGAACAUUUCAAGCACAUUUUUCACUUUUACCCAAAAUUGCAACAUUGUUUAUAUGAAAUUGUAUGUUGUUUAAUUCCAAUCGCUGCAAGCCCCAGAUGUGCCAUUUUGUAUGAUUUCCACAGCAGUGUUAUGUAUGGUAUGGGCCUUCCGGAAAUAAAUCAAUCCCUUCAAUGAAUUUGAUACAUGAUUGUUGUAAACCGAACAUCUUAUAAUGCUGUACAGAUUGAAAAAAAAG